AUGCGAAACCCUCGUCUAAAGGUCGACAUUUUCCUAAACGGGCAGGUCAAAGGCCUCGUCCCGUCGUAUACUACCUUUGACAAAAUCGAGGGCGAGGUCCAUAUUCAAGCCGACAGAGAUACGGAGUUCGAUCAUAUCCAAAUCAGUUUUGAAGGUACAUCCAAAACAACCAUUCCGCGACAAUCCCCUGUCGCGCAUCUAGCGAAUAAUUUAAAUGCUUUCCAUCCAUUUCUCAAACUUCGUCAACCCAUCGAUCCAAAUACAUACGCGGAACCGCGAGAAUUGAAGCCUCUCGAAACUUAUAUCUUUCCAUUCACCUUUGUCGUUCCUGAACAUUUGCUUCUUCAUGCCUGCAACCACUACACAAGUAAUCCGCAUUUGAAGGUGGCACAUACACAACUCCCCCCAACACUCGGAGAUGCAAUGCUCUCCGACGACGGCAAAACAAUGAUAAACGACAUGGCCCCAAUGAUGAGUGAAAUAGCAUACAAACUCAAAGUCUCGGUUAUGAAGAAGACACCCCCAACGAGCCCAAAAGAGUUUGUUGCCUUGUCCUCCGUUGCGAAAAAAGUACGCAUUAUCCCCGCUACGACCGAGCAACCGCCCCUAGAAAUAGGAUGUAAUAAUGCAGAGGGAUAUAGAAUUCGACGAGAGAAAUAUGUUCGCAAAGCCUUGCUGGGAGGGAAGACGGGUCGUUUGGUGGUUACUGCUGCGCAACCGAAGCCUCUCGAGUUACCUGCGCCAAGCAAUACGGUUAACGGCUGCAAGGCUGCUGUUAAUAGUCAUGUCAAACUUCAUGUUCGAUUUGAUCCUGAGACGGAAGAUGAGGAACCGCCGCGACUUCGGUCGACUUUUAGCAAACUGAAAGUGUCGACUUUCUAUUCUGCGCAAGCCUGGACGGAUUUUCCGUCCUUGGAAAUUGCCCAAGCGCCCGCUCAUACCUCGAAUGGUGUAUACUGUGAGACGAUCAAUCUGUCCUCUCUGUGCGUGGGAGCAGCUCAGUGGAAGAAACACGACGGCACGGAUAGUUCUCGAGAUGGCUCACGACGCAGUUCGCUUAUAUCCGAUUCAUCGUCCUCGCUGGCAGAUAGUCUGAGUCAUCAUCCAUCGGCAUCAUCUUCGUAUUUCGGAAAGACGUUUUACACUGCAUCUAUACUCGUCCCUGUCACGCUGCCGGCGAAUAGAACGUUCGUACCCACGUUUCACUCCUGUCUCGUCUCGCGUGUCUACACGCUCGAUCUGUCGUUAUCAUACCAACCUCCUCACGUAAAACUCCCUAUCGCACCGAGCAUCUCUCUCAACAUUCCUAUCCAAAUCACAUCCGCACCCGGCAAGGGCAUCGCUCUUCUAGCAGAUGAUCUGAUGAUGCUCCCCGAAACCCAGAUCGAGGAUGAGUACUAUCGUCCACGAAACGUUUCGCCCCCUAGUGAAGAGGAUUAUCUUGACCGGUAUUCACCAUAUUCUUCGCUGAUGUCGACAAAUGAGUCGUUCCAAGAUGACGUUGAGCCAAACACUGGCAAUGGUGGUGGACAUGCGCCGCCGGAGUACUCGACAAUCACGCAGACGGGGAGUGGUGUGCGGACGUCAAGCCUUCAGUCUCCUGCUUGGAUGCUUGGGAGCCUUCGGUGA